CAGUAGUUCACUGAAUUUAGUCUCAGUGCUCCGAGUGGACUUUCCUCUCAGGCUUCAUCAGUCUCGUGGGCACCACCACAACUGUUUUUGGAAAUGAUUCUCAUAAUUCUGCUGUCAUGUUUUGCCAUAGUGGUGUCUGCAAUACCAACUCAUCCUGAUGUCCUUCCUUCACAAGGAGGAGCUACUCAAGCCACAAACCAGAAAUCUGAUGCUCAGACGCCAGCCCCGCUUUCUCCAAAGGAAGAGCAACCACAGCCUGGGGAAUCCCAACAGCCGUGUCCUCAGGCUCGCUCCCAGUUCCUGCCUCCUACGCAACAUUACAGCUGGCCUCCAGUAGGGGGCAGUCCCAUGAUCAUCCCUCUGCCCCGGAGUGUCGAUGGAUCUCAGCCGGUUAACCUGCCAACAGUCCCACAGCAGCCUCUGAUUUUUCCUCCUUAUGGAUACCUUCCUUUUUUCUCACCACCCUAUGGAAAUCAGCUGUUUCCCCCGUAUGGAUUCCCGAUGAUUCUUGCAUCAUCUCCGUCACAAACUCCUGCAAAUCAGAAUCCCAGUGGUCCAGUGUUACCUGCAGAAACACCUUUUGGAGCUGCUCCUUCACAGAAUGCACCUCAGCCAACUCAGCAGCAACAGAAUCCCCAAAUUGUUUACAUGUUCCAGCAACCCAUGAACCCUGCACUUGGCAGUCUUAGCUCAGAGGAACUAACGAUGGCAGCUAAAAUGGGACAACUUGGAGUCUACCUGCCCAGUGUGAUCUCAAACCCAUCUGCGGGAUCCGUUCAGUCUGUGAACCAGGCUGCUGGGCACAGCGUGGCGCCAACUGUGGGGACCUCAUCACAGCCGAUUGUUAAUAGGAUGCCUGUAGGCUUGGAGGGACCAACAUCUGAGACCGCCACUGUCCGAACACCUGUUGAACCCAAACAGAGAAACCGUCAGCAGAAACAACUCAGAACAUACUGAGAAAAAAACCCUCCACAUUAUUGAUGAAAUCCAUAGACUAACACCGAGUCACUCAAGUUUUAAUGCAUUAUCUUUCAUCUUAGCAAUUCACUAACUGCAAACAUUUUAUUUCCUUUAUUAUAACUAUAGUUCUUUUUUUUAUUUUUAAUAAAUUAUAUCAAAUAAAAUUUAACAACAGACUGCAUUGAGAA